CGUUUUCUUUUUCGACGUGUGAAGUAGUUUAUAGUUUUUAUUUAUCAGGAAUCGUUUUCCUAACAAUAUUGGAAAAAUGGGAAACCCCACAAUUUACGUUCUCGUUUCCUUUAAAAAAGGUAAAACAGAGCUAGGUAUUGGGCCUAUGGAUUCCAAAGCCUUUCCCAAAACAUUCGUGUCGCUUCCAAACCUUGAAGACAAGAUUCGCAUGCUCAAAGAGUUCAUUUCUGGGAAGACUGAUGUUGCUUUACAGUUCCCCAAGCACAGUGCUUCAGGUGAAGACCCAUCGAUCCAAUUGGAACUUAGAGCUGGGCAUGUUAUUACAUUCUCAGAAGACAUGGAGGUGUUAGAAUUAACUCGUGAUGCAAUGAUAAAAUCUAAAUCAAAAUCUGCACGCUCCACCAAAAUCUUGCACUCAACUCCAAAAUCCCAAGUGGCCCCCAAACCUGUUGCUUCUGUUUCCUAUGCCAAGAAGUCUUUGCCUCCAACAGUUGGGAAUACUUCAAAUUCAGAACCCAUAGAUAACAACAAGAGAAAAACAACGAAAACAAAUCCAUCAAGAAGCAAAGAUCAAGCAAUCAAACCAACAGCUGAUGAAGUCAGUGAUUUGGGUGUUUGUGCUCUACCAUCAUCUGAAAGCGAAGAAUCAGACUCUGGUAAUGAAGAAGAAGAUUGGCUGGCUCCAUCUCCUCCUCCUCGUACCCGCAACAAAAUCCCCCUGACUGAUGUAGUAAUUAUUAAAUCUGUGUUUAUAAUCACUGGCAUGAGUAAAGAUUUGUUUAUAUGUACAGGAUCGCUGUAUUGGUGGCAGUGCCUCAAGUAAUGGUGCCGUUCACUCGGUCGUUCAUCGCAAUGAAGUUAUUCUGACUCCUCCAGUAUCUCGGUGUAACACGCCAUCAUCUUUCCGAACUCCAAGUAGAGAAGAGUUUUCGAAAGACUUGCAAUCUUUGAAUAAUGAAGCAUCGCAUCUGGAUGAUAGUAAUCGCAAUGACGAAAACAGUCAGGAGGCUCAGAUCAUUGGACAGUCAAAUUCCCUUCAAGACAUUGAGGAAGAAAAUUCUUUUUUCAAAGAACAGUUGAAUCAAAGCUUGAUUGAUUACGAACAUAUGAAAGCUGAAUACGAAAGGAAACUACAUGAAAAGGACGAACUUAUAAAGAGUUUACGUGAUGAUAACCCAUUAGUACUAGCA